GAGGAAGACAAAAUUUCCCAGCCACUGGGCAAUAGACACCGUUCACUUCUGUCCUUUCCCCCCACCCAAUCAAUCAAUCACCUCUUCCAUAUCUUCCCUUUCCUGUCAGCGAGACAGUGAUGAAUCGAAAGAUACCAAACACCCCAAUCCCUCACCCACAGCUGUUGGAAACUAGAUUCUUUGUCCUCACAUGGCCAGGUUUCAUUAAUUAACGUUAUCAUCAUAUGAUUCUGUCUGGUUUACGAAUGCAAAUUCCAGAAGCAUAGUUGGCAACAUCAUUAAUCCCCUGCCGCUCGACCCCAAAAUCGUACCACCACUUUCCUCCAAUGGCGCUUCUCAAGUCUUAAAAAGUUCUCACCUUUGCAGAAUUUUUGCUUACCAGUUACCAAACUCUCAAGAACCCAUGAUCAGGAUUUCCCAUUUCCUGAUCUGGGUUUGAUUCGGGUUUCGAAAUUUCGGAGGAAAUGUUGGAUCUUGCGAUGUACCAGAAUCUGGGUUCUUCACAAUUUCUGAUCUGCAGAAUGUUUCUCCAGCCUGACAUGGAAUCCAGAAGUUCGCUUCUUUCGAGGAGAAUCGCCGGCGCAGGAUCCUCUGCGACGAGGAAUCAAGCUCUUCGCCUACCAAUGAGUCACCGGAAGAAUACAGUGGGGAUCAUUGCCGGAGUCUCUGUUUACUCUGCUCUCACUUUCUUAGAAAAGCUAGCUUGGAUGAGCUCGAGAGAAUCCGAAGAUUGCCCGCCGUUCCUUCUCAGCUACGAUCCAACAUUGAUUGGGCUGCGGCCCAAUUGUAGCAGUCCGGUGAUCGUCGACAACUUGCGUGGAAAGAGGAUGUUCUUGGAGCAAUCAGGAGUUCACUGCCUGGUUAUGCCAUGCCACGUGUCUCAUCAUUGGUACGGUGAGAUAUCAGAAGGAUGUCCCCUGCCUUUUUUCCAUUUCGGCAACUGUGUCGCCGGCGAGCUGAGGGAUGCUAAUUUGAAGCCGAUCGUCGGCGGGACUGCCGUCAGGAUUGGUGUGCUUGCCACGUAUGCAGUUCUUGAAGCUGGUUUUUACCAGGAGAUGUUGCAGAAACAGGGGUUUGAAGCUGUGGUGCCUGAUAAGGCGACAGUGAAUCACAUUUUGAUACCUGGGAUUGAAGCAUUGAGCAAGGGGGACAUGGAGGGAGCUCAGAUCUUGUUGAGAAUAGCAAUUCAGAUACUUCUGGUGAGGGGAGUGAACAUUGUAAUUCUUGCUUCUGAUGAGAUUCAAGGGAUUUUGCCGGAUAAGGAUCCUCUUCUCAAGAAGUGUAUGAUACCCGUGGAUGCCUUGGCAAGGGCAGUCUUGAGUUGGGCGAGAUUGAAAGGGCAGAUGCGCGCCGAUGAUCAUUCUAGCUACUAGUAAAAUGGGGUUCCUCCUGCUAUAUGAAUGAACAUAUAAACAUACACAAACCAUUUUGAUUCGACUGGUUGAUCACAGUUGGUACAGUCUGAUAA